GAAAAUUAUCUAGUCAAACCACUAAGCUUUGAUCACCUUCUAUUUAUCUCAAAAUGCCAAAGCCACGUUCAUCACUCCCAAACCUUCGCCCUGAAAAUGGAAGUGCGGACCCUCGCGCGAGUCAGCACAUACCUUUUGUUCUCAAGCUUGAGCCACGGCCCAUAACUCAGAUCAAGCAAUCCGAAGAGCGUCCAGGCCCUGAAACUUUUGUUUCUCUUGUGAAAGAAGAGGCUUGCUUGAUCCUGAAGCAAGCUCAUGUAAUCCAGAAGCAGACAGAAAAUCUUCAUCGCCACGCGGAAACACUUCAUCAAGAAGCGGAAGCUUUUCACAAAAAAACAAAAGCACUUAUUCGGGCUGAAUCUCUUUACAUGAGAGAAGAGUUUCAUCAGCUUUACACGGAGAUAGGAGAGAAGCUGAACAUGCCCGUGCCAUCUGAAGGCGCUUCUUUUACUCCAAAUAGUCCAACCACUCCGACCGCAAUCAAAGAUAUAAAUUUUGAGGGACAUGAUGAAGGUUCGGGUCAAUCAAAGUAAAGUCCAUAGCUUUUUUUCUGGACUCCAUGGUUAUUGGAGAUGAGAGAAUUGGGACGGGGUAUACGUUUUCCUUCAGAUUGUAUUAGCUCUCUUCUCUUUAUAGAUCUCGAAUACACUUACAAAUUCUGAGACU